AUGUGUCACAGAUGAGGGUUGUAGAUAUAACCAUGGAAACGAUGGGGGGGGGGGGCAUGGCGUUGCUAGAUCUCGUGCUGUUGGAUAUGUACUCCCGAUGAGCCCUACGAGAGCUGCGUAGGCUAUGCGUCGCAUCCGAGCGUGCGAGGCGUGCCUUAUCACGGAUGGGUGGACUUCGCACUCUGUAUGCUAAAGCCAGCGCAGAUAAUGUAGUGGGAUUCGGAUUAAUCAACUAUUAUCGUGGAGGGGAGAUGCAAGGUUUGAUACCUGUGUAACGUAUUCCGAAAACAACCCGCUGGUCGUGCGCAAAUAAAAGCAAUAAGCCUAUGGUUUUGUCGAGGAAAUUGAUGGUCACCUCUCGAUUCGUCUUGUCGCUUUUAUUCAUUAUUUGAUGGUCGCUGUUGAGGCGCACGAUGGCAGACAAGACAGUGGAAGUGUCGACAGUUAGCCAGCACACCGUGGUGACAGCGUCCACGACCACCACGGCAAACCUGCAGGGGAACAGCGCCGCUGGCGCAAAGUGCACCUGCGACAUGAGCUUUCUUCGUUCCCUCCAGGGCAUCACGAAAAUGGCAGAAAUCGUGCUGUCACUGGUUGCCUUCAUAGUCAUGUUGUCCUCGCGCUCCGAUCUUCGUAAUGCUGGCCUCAACUUCUUUCUCUUCGUUGCCAUAGCUGCUGUGUUGGUAUCCUCACUCUGCUUAGCACUGCUUUCUACCCGCCUGCACCUUAAGGUGCCUCUUCCCUGGAAUCUUGUGUUCGCCGGACUCUACGCCAUUAUGUUCCUCGUGUAUUUCAUUGCAUUCAUCCUCGCCGCUGUGAAUGCCAUUGACGCCAAACAUGGAUCUGCUGUGACCCUUGGAUUCUUUGCGUGUGUGGCCUACUUUGGCAGUCUGUUCUUCGCUGUACAGGAUUGGCGUCUAAAUCGGCAGAUGACCCAGGAAUCCCAAGGUGCAACAGGGACGUACACAGAGCAACAUGACACACCUCCUGCUUACGAAGCCUCCUACUGAAAGGACGAAGCAGAGACGUCACUGUGGGGAAGUUUCUGGAGGUACCUGGGGUACACGCAUUAAAGGGCCACUAAGAGCAAUCAAACUUUGGCUUCUACUGUAGACUGUACGCAUUUAAAGGUUUCAAUGGGGAUGGGGCGGCCAGGGGGGUAAGGUCAACCGCUGAGGGAGGGAGCCCAAAUGGUCGCUGCCCUCUUGAUCCCUCUUGUGUAUAGUUCAUGCCACUGCGAUGAAGCAAUCUAAAAAAUCUCGUUGUCGAGGCUCACGCCUCUGUAAGUCAUUUCUACCAAACGCGGGUGUCGUUUUAAAAGGAAGAGAGGAGGCCGCGAAAUUGUCGACAGACGCCAGCGAUAGGGAAAGACUUGGCCGCAUAAUUUUCCAUGAAGUUGCCGACCACUGAAACUGGGGGAUACCAUUUAAUGUGGGGGCGCUUUUCGGAGUGGACGGUUCUACAUGCACCGAGUCUCACACCGGGCGGUGCUGUUCAUGGUAGCCUCUCUCAUACCGAGUCUUUUCCAUAAUUAUUCUGCUGAGAAUCGUUUGAUACUGCCAGCCUUCUUAAAUCACAGGUAUACUGCAACACAUGCAGUUUUUGCAGUGCAGCCAACGCUGCUUAACAAGUUUUGGUCCACACUUCUCAGUCACGAGCUACAUCCAUUUUUUUCUUGUUAGUUUGUGAAGAAGGAUAGUGGCUCCUUCCAUUCAGAUGUUUGCUCUCUUUUAAUUAUUGAUAAGAGGAAAUAUUUCCACGAGAAUCUCUAUGAAUUGCUCAGAAUAGCCACUGGAAAUAACUGUCAAGGCGUUAUGACUUAGUACAUGCUUCGAAUUUAUUCAAGCAUGCAAAAUACCAUGGUUCAAUUCAGAAAGGCCUUAUCGAAGCCUGAAAAGCGAAAUGGAAAAGUUUGAAUUACUGUGCGCUAAAACAUCACUGUUAUUUUAAGUUAUGAGUUUUUGCGUUUUUGCUAAGGUUUAAAAUACUGCCGUCUUUAAAUAAGCCAUGGUAUUUAAGUGACCAUCUUGAAGAUGACGAGUUUGCGUUCACGUCGUUCUCGAUGUUAAUAUCACGUUUGAAAAAUUUUAUUUCAACAUCUCGUGGACUGAGGGCCAAAUAACAUAAAUGUUACAAUAAAAAGUGAUAAAAUGGUCAUCCAUAAAAACUGCACACCAAAGCCAAAACAAAAUAUUUCGAAAAACAUACAUUCACACAAGCAGGUCUCAUUAUCUAAAAACAAAUUUUCUAAAAGAAAAGAGCAAGAAUUAUGGUUUUUGCUUGUUUAAAAGAAAGGUACGGGACUUUCCUUGAAACGGGUAGUUCUGGAACGAAUUUUAGAAAAUUCCCACCUGUUUCUUAAAAUGUCUUCCAUGAUCUUCAAGUCUGGUCGGCGGUAGCAAACAGCAAGUGCGAAUGUUGUUACCCAGUAAGUCGAACAGAACCCUCAAAAGUUUCGCCCAUUAUUUCCCAUUUUCAUUAGGGAGCCAAAACAGGUACUAUGCAGCAGAAAAAGGAAUUCCGUUUGCAUUUUCUGCGCGCAAACUAACAGAAUUACCAUGGACUCAUUUUGUGUGAUCCGGUCCUAUAUGAAAAGGUGUGGGCUCGGAUCACGGUAUACACUCCGAAUAGGCCAAGUUUCCUGUAGCUGCUAUUCUAAAGCGAAAAUGGUAACAAGUUACCUUUGUAUAGUCGUAAUGAUAACAAUAUAGGGAAAAUCUCAGUCGUUCAGUGAUAGGAUUAUAAAACAGGAUUAUUAAAUUAUGUGUACAAGCUUUAGUUAUACUUUUGCAUAAAAUAUGAUUAAAGGAAACAUGCAGUGAUAUCUGGCUCAACUUAUUUUCAUGCAUACUACUCUGUGGUACAACAAUAUACGAACAAGAUGUAAAUGCUUGUUUUCACUGGAAGUGAAAGGGAGGGGACAUAGGUUUUCAGUGAGUGUCAAAAAUACUUUAAUCAACGUAUGCACUGGGGGCGCUGUUUUCAUAUUAUCAGAGCUGUGGUUGUCAUUCAAAGAAGUCCUUGUCAACAGAGCGAAAGACCAGUACAAAAAUUAGUCUUUCAAACUCCCCCACCAACAAUGUUUUGAAGAAAUAGUAGCCACUCCUAUUGGCAAAGUAAGUGUUUAACAUGAAAACCAAGUAUCUACUCCAAGCAAAUGAAGAAAAAUGUGAUACAUAAUUGAAUACACAAACCUCAGAAGACACUCCUGUUCUCCCUUGAAUGACAUCAGGCUUUGGCUUAUGAAUAUGGAAAUCGUCCCUAGCAUAAAUUUUAAAUGCUGAAAUUGUUCCCUUUUAUUUCUGCAAAGGCGGGAAGUCAUUGUAACAUGUAAUUGUGAUACGUGUAUUCGGCCAUGAUCUCACUACAUGUACGCAGCUCUUAACAUACGUGUAUAAAUUUGGGUUUAUGGUUUGUAGAAUCCGUCGUCCUUUCCUCCGCAGUUAAUCAACGACCUCAAAUACAAGUUUGUACAUUUUCACUUCCCGCUGAUUGUUAUUUACACAAUUUUUGUGCAGAGUGGAUUUUUUUAAAUGUUAUCAGCCUCGUCUGUUAUCCAUUGUAAUAUUCCAAAUAUCCCUAAUGUGCUUUCUCAAGCCAAACCCUUAUGAGUUUGUUCGAUCUGUUUCGCUUAGACUGGUUUUCAUGAACGGGAAACCAUGCAGUAUCCAACGAGGUAAACGGAAACUUCCAAGAGGAAAACCUUCAUACAACUAGCAUUAUGAGCAUUGCUUGAGUAUUUAGGGGCUAUCAUUUCAUAUAUGAAAAAAAAAAAGAUUCGCAAUACGUUUACUCAAGCAAACCUAGAAUUUGUGCAAUAUUUCUUCACAAGUUGCAAAACAUAUGUAGAUUUUUGAAAGGUAUCAGCACAUUAGAUUAUUUUGGGUAGCCUUUGUUGCAGCCUUUGGUGCAAAAAGCUUUUGGUACAUAAAGAAAUAAUGUAUUUCAUCUUCCUUUAUCUGCAUCUAAUUAAAAUGAACUUAAUAUUCGCUUUAAAUUUUUAGGUACAAAAUACAGCUUUAUCGUAACGGUACAUUUUCAGUGUUUUCGAGUACUUUGCAGCUUGUUUCUGGUGUGUAAUUAUGUUCGCUUGGUUUUAGCCCGCUGUUUUUGUGUUGAAGAAAUACGGUAAUGUA